AUGACUUCAUCCAUGGCUAUCGAUAUUCUUCGUUUUACUCAACAAUAUUCACUCUACAGUACUUCUUUUAUAUUUGCCAUUGGUACAAUUGGAAAUCUACUUAAUAUUCUUAUUUUUACUACAUUAAAACUCUUUCGAAACAAUCAAUGUGUACUCUAUGUUGUCACAGAAUCAAUCGCAAACAUAAUUCAACUAACUACAUUCGCUCUUGUUUAUCAACUUCCAGCAAUAUAUCAAACUGAUCCAGCUGGUUCAUCACUUUUCUGGUGUAAAUUCCGAAGCAUGAUAAUUUCAUCAUGCACACUUAUUUCAUUUUCUACAAUAUGCUUCUCUGCUUCUCAUCAAUAUCUUUCCACAAGCCAUGUCUUCUAUCUGAGACAAUUAACGACAAUCAAAUUAGCCACAUUUCUUAUAUGUACAUCAGUUAUCAUUUCAAUAUUACAUACUAUACCAUUUGGUAUAUUUCUUGAAAUUCGAUCAUCUGUUUGUGCUGUAUUUAAUCAAAAUAUGACUAACUAUUUGUCUUAUUUUUAUUAUCCAGUUCUAUCUGGAUUUCUACCUGUUUUUAUUGCAUCAGUAUUUAGUAUUUUAGCAUAUAAUAAUGUUAGACGAAUAGUUCGAAGGCAAGUACCAAUAGUUCGACGAAGACUUGAUCAACAAUUAACAGCAAUGAUACUUAUUCGUGUAAUAGUAUUUAUCAUUUUAACUGUACCUUAUGAUAUUCAAAGAAUGUAUACAUAUAUUGCAAAAGUGAAUCAAUCAAAUCUACUUUAUUUUGCAAUUGUUAAUCUGAUUGGAGCAGUUUUAGGAACAUUCUUUAAUCUGAACUAUGCGGUAAGAUAAUAUAGAUGAUUUGUGUUCUUGAAUGUGAUUGUUUAGGCAUCUUUUUAUGUAUUUGUGAUAACAUCUGCUCGAUU